AUGGAUGGUACAUUAAUAACGACGAAAUCCGGUAAAGUGUUCCCUGUGGACAAUUCCGACUGGAGGAUAAUGUACGACAAGAUUUCACCGCACUUGAAGAAGCUGUACAAUGAAGAAAACUUCAAGAUUGUCAUUUUUACUAAUCAAAAAGGCAUCCAGAGUGGAAAAGUCGAUAAAAAUGGUUUCAAGCGUAAAGUGGAAACUAUAAUUACCAAGCUCGGAGUCCCAGCUCAGGCAUUUGUAUCAAUUGGAGAAGGCCACUAUCGAAAACCUUGUACCGGAAUGUGGAAGGAAUUGGAAGAAGCAAAUGGUGAAGUUGCCAUAGAUGUCAGCAAAUCCCUCUAUGUGGGAGAUGCAGCGGGCAGACAUAAGACCAAAGCUCGUCCAAAAAAGGAUCACUCCUGCUCAGAUCGUUUUUUCGCUGCCAACGUCGGUCUCAAGUUCCAGACUCCCGAGGAAUUUUUCCUCGACCGGGACGAAUCUGAGCCUUGGGGACCGCCCUCCUUCGAUCCUGUUCAGUUUUUUAGCAUGAACAAACCUUUGCUGGAGCCGGAAGAUACUCCUUUACCAUCGCCAACAAAAGAAGUGAUUGUAAUUGUUGGUUUUCCGGGAUCAGGAAAGUCAACAUUUGCUCGGAAGAGCCGCUAUACAGCAUUAGCAAAGGAAAUGAAGGUGCCAUGCCGAUGUUUCGUUCUCACAUGCGACAUCCAUCAAGCCGAGCAUAACGUGAAGUUCCGUCUGUUGACACAGAAGUCUUCAAAUGAGGUCACAUUGAUGGUUCUUCGCACGUAUGCGAAGAAAUACGAGGUGAGGGUCAGAACAAGUUGCUGCUGCUCUCAUCCGCACUUUGUUUAG